AUGGGCCCGCCCUGGCGCCCCGCCCCGCGCGAUGACGUCAGCGGUGACGUCAGCGGCCCCGCCGCCAGCAGCCCGCCGAGCCGCGGCGGCCCGCGGGCCGCGGCGGCGGCGGCGGGGCCAGCGCCGGCGCAGGGGCUGUUCCCCGGGCGGCCGCGCGGGAGGGUGCUGUUUCUGACGGACAAGGCGGGCUCGACCAGCGGGCGGCGGCUGGCGGCGUGGGGGCCGCUGCGGGCGACAGGGAUACACCUGGCCAUCAGCCUGGCUUGGUACAUCACGCAGGACGCCGAGAAGGUGGAGGAGCUGUACGAGCGGCUGUACACCGACAAGUACCGCUGA